UGGAAAUUAAAACGUUAUAAGGGAAACGAAUAAUACAAGACAGAUAGCAGUACAUUUAUUUAUUAUUUGUUUUAUCGUCAUCAAUGAUAAGAAUUUGAUAGUUAUUGUAGACAUGUUUCACUACACACAGCUUUACAUAAACUAACAUAAAGAUAAGAUUAAACCUAGUAAAAUUGCGCGAAAAGAAAGCUUUUUUUCUUAUUCGUAAACCAGAAACAUGAGAGUAAUAACUCACUUAAAGCUUUUAAUAGUUAGUAGUACACAUUCAAACUUUGUAACCAAACGUUAGCGGAUGAUAAAUGUUUACUCGCUCAUAUAUUCUUUCAAAGUAGAGAGUUUUACUACGAAAAUCAAAUAUAUUUAAGUUUAUUAAACCAAAAAUCCAAUAGAUACAACAAUAACACCAAUACAAACAACAACAACUAAAAACACACAAACAUGACAGAUACUAAUAAUGAUGGCGAACAUGUAAUAGAACAAUUAAAACAAUCUGUGAAAUCAAUUAUUGAAAAAACCGGUUCACACAAAUUUGCCCACGAACUAAUCGACAAGAUCCAUAACUUACAAAUGCAAUUGGAAGAAUUAUCGAAUUCGGAUAAAGCACAAUUUAUACAUGAAAUGAAAGAUUCUUUUCGUGCUACCAUCGAUAAGAUCGAAACGAAACUAAUGCAACAUGCUCAAUUCGAAAGGGUUUAUAAUUAUUCAAUAUUUGCUGCCAUCAUAUUUUUAAUAUUAUUUAUAUUUGCUCUCUUUGGUUAUAAAUUAUAUAAAUCUUUAAUGGAGAAGGAAUUGAAGAAGCAAGAGAAACUUAAACAAAAACAAUCCAAGAAAAGUAAAAAAGCCAAUUAAAUGAAUUUGUUUCAUUUAUAAUGCUAAAAGAGAAGACGACAAUGAUGAGGCUUUGUUUUGUUUUAAGCCAGAGUUUAAAGUUUAAGUUAAUAAUAACAAUAAUAUGUAAUAAAAACUAACAAAUGAAAUUGUGUAAUUUAAAUAUUUAAAUUAAAUGAGAUUUUUUACUUA